GACUUGUUUUGAAUAAGGGAAACAAAAGAAGAGAAGAGGGGAUAGGUGGCGGCGGGGGGAGGAUGGCGUCUUCUUCUUCUUCUUGUUCUGUUGGGUCACCGAGUUCUCUGACUCAGCGCCACGGUCCUCCUCCGAGUCUGAGUCCGAGUUGUGUGAGGUACGCAGUGCUCGGGGCUGGCUUCGCCGGCCUCUCCGUCGCGUGGCACUUGCUAAAGCAGAGUCCGAAAGACUCCAACAUCCGCGUCGACAUAUACGAUGAAGCUGGAAUCGGUGGCGGCGCGUCCGGGGUUUCGGGUGGGCUUCUUCACCCUUAUUCCCCUAAAGCUAAGCUUCUAUGGCGUGCUGCCGACUGCUGGAGUGAGUCCUUGAACCUGUUGAGCGCUGCUGAAGCCGCCGUGGCUUCCGCUGCUCAAAAUUCUGACGGCCCAACGCCAAUUGUUAGAAGAAGGGGCAUCUUGAGACCAGCCCUGAGCUUGAAGAACUUGGUGUUGUUGAAAGACAAUGCCCAGAGUUGCCUUGCUAGUUGCCGAAUAGAAACCCUUGACAACGAUGCUGCCCAAAAUCUCGUACCCGGCAUAUCUCCACCUCUUGAUGCCUCCUUUUAUAUGCCUGAAGCUGUUAAUAUUCAUCCUCAACGCUAUUUACAGGCACUGUUCUUAGCAUGUCAAAAUUUGGUGAAGGAACUUUGUGCUUCUGGCUCCGGAGUCAAAGAAUUGCAUUUGCACAAGAGUUCUGUCCACAAACUCUUAGACCUAGAAGGGGAGUACCAGGCAGUAAUAGUAUGCCUUGGUGCCAAAGCAGACAUGCUUCCUGAACUCUGCAGGAGGCUUCCAUUGAGGACGUGCAGAGGUGUUGUUGCACAUCUUCAGCUUCCUGAUGAUAUAGGAGAGGAGUAUCCAAGCCUCGGCCCCUCGAUAUUGUCAGAUGCUUGGCUUGCUGUCCAAGGCCCUCGGAGUUUAUACAUGGGCUCGACAUGGGAAUGGAAAUCAAGAAAUUCAUCACCGGAUGUUUCCGCAGAAGAAGCUGGGGAAGCCCUUAAAGAGCUUCUGCCAAAGGCACAUGCCGUUUACCCUGUCCUAAAGGAUUGGAAGUUUGCCGGAGCCAGGGCUGGCCUGAGGGCAAUGCCGCCGCUCACUCCUCACGGCUCACUCCCCCUUUUGGGCUGUGUCGAUGACAUCGUAGGCAAAAACCAAAGCUCCAACUACUGGUUAUUUGGAGGGCUUGGCUCAAGGGGAUUGUUGUACCAUGGUUGGCUUGGGAAGUUGAUGGCGCAGGCUGUGCUUUCAUGUAAUGAAGAAUUAAUCCCGCAUGAAUUAACCUCUUGGAAGAAAUUAAAACAAUAAUUAAUGCAUAAUUUCUCGUUCAUUUUUCAA